UUGAUCGGAGCGAACGACCUGACUUACAUAUCACCUCUACCUCACCUGGAGUUGCACCGCGAUCUCUGGAAGGGAGAAGAAAGGGCGAAGGCGAUCGCAGAGAGAUCGAGAGAUAGAGAGAGAGCGAUGGGGGUUAUGGAGAAGCUGAAGAUAUUUGUGGUCCAAGAGCCCGUCGUCGCCGCCUCCUGCCUCAUCGCCGGAUUCGGUCUCUUCCUUCCAGCUGUGGUCAGGCCUAUCUUGGAUUCCUUCGAGACAGCCAAGCAAGUUCCACAACCUGCUCUAAGCGAUGUGGUUGCUGGUAUGACCGGCAAAAAACCGGAGUGAACUGGAUCUGUUUUGGUGUUCACAUGUGGCCCCAUUUUCCACUCCUUUUAUUUCCCAUUUAGUCUAUGAAACAUUUUGACCACCACCUCAAUGUGCUUCUGUUUCUUCGAUAUUUGCAUACUUUGGGAAUUAGGUGCAGACCAUGUAUCUACUUUUGCUGAUGGGUUACUGGUUGGCAUCCCGUGAUUCCAAGCGUAAAGCUGGAAAGGAUCUGUUUAAAUAAAAGAAAAUUUGUCAAAACAUUGAGAAAAUUUUGUUUUAGUACUAUUUAUACAGUCACUGAAGAUGGGAUAUGGGUUAAUUUUGCUGCCAAGUAAAA